UUUAACCUAAAAUACAGCUUUAAAUUAUGAUAAGCAUUUGAUGAUUUGGUCUUGUUUGAUUUGAGGCACCAGUCAAGGUCAGGAAUUUCAACUGGAGAUGUCCCAAGUAGGAUUCAGCGCACACCAGACCAAUAAGAAGGAUGUGAUCAUGCUGGGUACUGUUGGAGCGUAUGGAUUGAGCGGGACCGUCGUCCAUCAAACAGCUGGGAAAUCACACAUUUUCCUCAAAAAUGCUUUUGAGAAAAUCCUGGAUGACAGAAACCACAGCUCAUUACUUGGAUACUCUGUCACGUCUGUGAUUGACGGCUCGUCUGAGUUUUAUGUGGCCGGUGCUCCUCGUGCCGUUCAUAGAGGACAGGUCAUAGUUUACAGUAUCAACAGCCAGAAUCAGCCCGUCAUCAUAGAUUCACAGAGAGGAGAUCAGAUCGGCUCUUAUUUUGGCAGCGUUCUCUGUCCUGUUGAUGUGGACGCUGACGGUGUGAUGGAUCUGCUGCUGGUCGGAGCUCCGAUGUACAUGAGCGAGGAGAAAUCUGAAACCGGAAGAGUCCACCUCUUCACCAUUACCAAGGGCAUCUUAAGCAACCAGGGCAGGUUAGAGGGACCCUCCACGUUGGAGAAUGCUCGGUUUGGGACGGCCAUCACUGUCGUCCCCGAUCUAAACCUGGACGGCUUCAGUGACGUGGUGGUUGGUGCUCCGCUGGAAGGCAAUGGCCAAGGUGCCGUUUACAUCUACAAUGGAGACAGAAAAACCAUCAGAAAGCAGAGCUCACAGAAAAUACUUGGAUCCAAACUGGACCCGGUGCUUCGGUUCUUUGGACGCUCUUUAGAUAGUCAAGGCGAUAUGAACGAUGACUCGAUCCCUGAUAUUUCAGUCGGAGCGGCUGGGAAGGCAGUGCAGCUCUGGUCAAGGGGAGUUGCAGCUGUCACAGCGACGGUCUCCUUCAGCCCUGAGAAGAUCAGCAUUCUGAGUAAACCUUGCAUGUUUGGAGGAAGGAUGGUGUCGUGUGUUGCUGCCAAAGUCUGUUUCAGGUCAAAAUUUAGACCCACAGUAUCAGUGGGUAAAGUAGAUAUCAAGUACAGCUUGACGCUUGACGCUGACCUGCAGUCAUCUAGAGCCACUUCAAGAGCCCAGUUUGACAACUCAGAGCGUCUUAUCCAGAAAUCUUUCAGCGUCUCUGACAAAGAAAGCUGUGUAGAUCAUAAUGUCUAUGUGCAGGAGACUCCUGAUUUUGUUAGUCCAGUUGCUUUGCGAGUCGACAUCAGUCCACAGAAUCCAGACACCGGCCCUGCCCUGGAUGCAUUUCAGCCCAAAGCGUGGGAAUUUUUUAUCCCUUUUGUAAAGGACUGUGGCUCUGAUGACAAAUGUUCUUGUGACCUGAAGCUGACUGUGAAACCUGUUAAUGUAUCUAGCUCAUCUGCUCUUCUAGUCAGACCUGACAGAAGAAGACUGUCUUUCACCGUGACAGUAACGAACAUGAAGGAAAAUGCGUACAAUACAAGAGUGUCUGCUAACUUCUCCAGUAACCUGUUCUACGCCUCUUUUACACCACAUGGAGACAACACUGAGGUGAAAUGCAGUUCAAAAACAGGCUCACCCGACUGCCAAGUUGGAUACCCGACCCUGACGCUUGACCAGACGGUAACAUUUGUGAUCAACUUUGACUUCAACCUGAAUCAACUAGAGAAACAGGCUGCUGUGAACUUUGAAGUGCAGAGUGACAGUGAGGAGGAAGUGACAUCUGAUAACAAGGUCUCUCUCUCCAUCCCAGUCCAGUACGACGCCGAAAUCAUCCUCACAAGAGACAUAAACUUGGAUUUUUGCGGCAUUGGUCCUGAGGAUCAAGUCAAACAUACAGUCUCAGGUUUCGAUGACAUCGGCCCAGAAUUCAACAUAACAUUACGAGUUUCAACUGGAACUUUCCCAAUCAAUCAGGCUAGUCUGACCGUCUCACUGCCCACCAGAUCCAAAGCUGGAAAUCCUUUACUAUAUGUGACUUCAGUCAAAACGGCACCUGUUGCAAAUGUGCAGUGUGACAGCAGCCAUCUGAUUGACCCACUGAAGAUCAGAGAGGAAACACACACUGCCAGCUUCACUAAAGAGAGCUUUAGAGGGACAACAGAACUGAAUUGUAAUGCAGCAAAAUGUGAAACCAUGACUUGUGUCCUCAACGAUCUGGAGAUGAAGACCAACUACUUUGUAAACAUCACCACAAGGCUCUGGAAUGGCACAUUUGUCUUUGCUGAUUUUCAGACAGUUUUAGUGGCUGGAAGCGCCGAGAUACAAACAUCUCAGCCUGAUCUCAUAGUCGUCACACACAGACAACAACAGAUAAAAAUUACAGUGAGUAAAGAAAGAGCGAUUGGAGAUAUUCCUAUUAGUAUUAUCAUAGGAAGUGUCAUCGGCGGCCUCCUCCUUUUGGCUGUAGCUAUGCUGAUCCUAUGGAAGGUUGGCUUCUUCAAGAGACCGCCGUUGCCACAGGGAAAUCAACAGGACCCGGCAGAACAAGAGGGUCUGUGUGAGAAUCCAGCAUGAACGGGCCAUACACGCUCACCUCUGUGACUACAUGCGAAUAAUGUUACCUCGAAUUGUACCGAUUAAUAACUGAUAUUCAGCUGACAGCCAUUCGGGUCCUGCAGGAGGUCUGGGUUGUGAUAAUAUUACUGUAUUUUAAAGCAUCUCACGAUU